UCAAGGCAGCCCCCAAUAUCCCCUCCCCCUUUUCCCGUUUAUCAGCAGAGGUCGCAUGGCAUAUGGAGAACAGUCCAACCACUUCUCUGUCCUGGAACCAAUGUAUGAAUAUGCACCUCCGUGACAAAGCCUAUGGAGUAUGAGAACAGCGGGGGAAAAAGAAGCAACAUUAUUAGAGUCUUACGCUUUUUAAAAUAUAUAUUUUUAACAUAAACAAAGGGGGGAUAUUUAAUUUAAUUAGUUCUGGAGUAGGUAAUAGUAUAACCGAUCUGGAUAUUUGCAGUUACUUUUGUUCUACGGUUGAGUGAUAACUGCAUUUGGCUCUCCAAAGUGGACGCAUCUUGUAGUCUAGCGAAAAAAGGACUGUGCAUCACCGGGACGCGAGUUGGUGCAGAAGUUCGACCGCGAACGGAUGUGAGGGAAGAGUGCACUGAGAACCUCAACCCCCUUUUCUUUCUCUCCUGGCUAAACAAUAGAGUCAAAGUCAAAGACACUGAAACUGAUUUCAUGCCGUCAGUCUCACAGACCCUGACAUGGACGUGAGAUUUUAUCCUACGCACCCGUCAAGUGUGGGUUCUGAUCCAAGUUGUCUAAGCUCGUUGGACUAUUACCACGCGAACAAGGCCCGGUACGGUGCGGGUGGAAGAGGUGUUCACCUCCUCCACGGUACCCCACCCCCAGGCUCCAACCCAGCUGGGAAAAGACUGCCCACUGCUGGGUUUGAUGGUGACAACAUGUACAUGAAUGACAAUAACCAGGAGUUUCGGUCACCAAGCCAGAACUAUUCCAGUCAGGGCCGAGGAAGCAACAGUGGAGGAGGAGGGGAUGAAGACUACGAGAUCCCCCCCAUUACGCCCCCCAACCACGCUGAUCCUUCUCUGCUGCACCUUAUGGACCCCGAGUCAGGCUACACCUUUCACUCGCUGCCCCACAACGGCCUGCUCAACCCCUACUCCUACCCGGAGCUGCCCGCAGCCCUCAUGAUGUCCAACAUGCUGAGCCAAGAUAGCCAUCUUCUCUCGGGGCAUAACAUGCACUCGAUAGGGGAGAAGCGGCCCUCCUCGGAGAUGACGAAGCCCAAGCCCAAACCGCAGAAGAAGAAGAAGAAAAAGGACCCCAACGAGCCGUCAAAGCCCGUGUCAGCCUACGCCCUCUUCUUCAGGGACACCCAGGCGGCCAUCAAGGGCUCCAACCCCAACGCCACCUUCGGGGAUGUGUCCAAGAUCGUGGCCUCCAUGUGGGACAGCCUGGGGGAGGAGCAGAAACAGGCGUACAAGAGGAGAACCGAGGCGGCCAAGAAAGAGUACCUGAAAGCCCUUGCCACGUACAGAGCGAGUCUGGUUUCCAAGACCUACGACGACCCCGUCGAAACAAAAAGUGCCCAAAGCAGCCAACCCUCCCACAUGCUGCCCCCCAAGCAGCCCUUGUACAGCAUGCCUCCGCAGCCCUCCUCCCCCUACGGUCUGGGGCCCGGCUCCUUCCCCAUGUCGGACCUGCAGAGCUUCGCCGGGCCACCCCGCCAUGCCCUGACCCGGACCCUCAGCCAAUCCCAGAUGCUGCCGCCCAGCAUGAGUGCCUCUCCCCCCUCCCCCUUCCAGAUCAGCCCGCCCCUUCAUCCCUCCCAGCUCGCCCUGCACCAGAGCUCUCUGCGCAUGCAGCAGGUCCAGUCACACUCAAUGGGGCUCCAGGGGUCUCUGCACUCACCUCCUCUCAGCCAACAGGGGUUCUCUCACAUUCAGGACUACCAGAACAGUGUGGGCGGGUCUCAGUCUCCGGGGGCGCCCAACCCAGGGCAUGGACAGAAGCCCGACUGGGAUGGCGAAUACUGCAACCGGGACUGUGGACCCAACCACUGCAGCAGUGGCAUGGGAGUUCGGGACAAGCCUCUCUACCUCACUUGAAGCUGGUGGACCUCCAUAAGUCAAGACUCCAAGGAGUUUUCCAACAUUCAUUAACAACGUCAAUGUAUCUUUUUCCUCCAGCUUGUUUUUUUUCUGAAGGAUUUUUAAAAUCCCAAAGUCUGCUACUACUUCACCUUUUUGCCAAGCACUUAGACUGGACAGGAGCCUUGCUUAUUUUUUUCCAUGAACGUUCCAUUUUGUGGGGGGUUGAGCUUUAAGCUCACAUCAACAUACCAUACACGAACCCCCCCCAAAAAUGUCUGUCUUUGUUUUGACAAAGGGGUCGUUGUAGGUCUGGAGGGGAGAAACACAAGUGUCCCAUUUUUCUUUUCUCAGAGUGAUUGUAAAUAUCUACCAAGAUGGAACCUGGCCCCCUAUGCCCAGAUGUGUGUAUCUAACCGCAAUCCCCUUGCUUUUUACAUUAUUUUGUCUGGUUAUGUGAUUUUUGUGCGGGCUGGAUUCAGUGAGGGAAUACACACUAAAUCUGACCCCAGAUCUGUUUGUGCUGUCUUUGCAACUUCUAUGGUGACAAUGGCCAUAUAAAUUGACAAGACAGCACAAAUAGAGCUGGGACCAGGCUAACUCCUCUAUAAUGAAGAGAGAAAUACAAAGACUGCAAAUGAUUCAGUUCCCCAGUUGUUAUUGGGGGCUCUCUGAGAGAGAGUGUCUGCGUCUGAAAUGGUACCCUAUUCCCUAGCUAGGGCACUACUCUAGUCAAAAGUAGUGCACUCGAUGAGGAAUAGAGAGCCAUUUUGGACACCCUCUGCACUGGCCUCAGGAUGUUACUGGACUGAAGAGGUCAAAGGUGAAACCUCUCCCUUACUUUAAACCUCUCCUGGUCCAGCGGACCAUGCCCCCCCACUCCCCAACACCACUUGCUAAAUGUGAAAUGUUACUAAAGAUAAAAACAUAACAGUGGGUUUUAAAGUUUUUGACUAGUUUCAUUAGGUGUUUUAGAAUUGUGUUGAUUUUAAUCCUUAUAAUUUGUUGUGAAAUAAAUAAAUAAUGCAUUUCAUUCUUAAAACAUUUUAGUUUUUCACUGUAGCACAAUUUAAGUUUCUAUGGUAUGGUUGCCAGGUAGAUAUUUCAUUUGCGCACAAACCUGCAAAAAUGACUUAUUUUAUUUGUAAAGACAGCGAUGAGAGAACCCAUUUCCUUUAGUUGAAGAACAUGUUUCACAAUGUUGUAAUGCUAUUUAAUUCGGUUGACAGAUUUCUAAUCUAUUUAUGAAUGAUAUGAAGUAAAGUUUUGGCUUGUUUUCAUCAGGGUGCAUUGUUAUUAUUGUUAUUAUUAAAAUUCCAUGGUAAUUUGAAUAAUUAUUAUUUGUACAUCACUUCUUCCUGGUGCAUUGACUUUUUGUCAGCAUUUGGUUCAUUGUGUGUUGCAAUGCUUCUUUUGUUUUCUUUUGUGUGUAAUAAAAAAAAUUAAGUGGAAAAUAAACAGUUUGCCUCUG